CCCCAUACCCUUGCCACCGUCUCUCUCCAACUCUCUCUCUCUCUCUCUCUCGCUCCAAAAAGCACCAAAACCCUCAAAGAUUCCCUUAAAACACAACCCAACACUACAAUCUAACUAAGUUCCAAAACCCCACCACCCAAAUGUCCCGCCACUACUCCUCCGCUUUCCCUUCUUGCUUCCGCCCGUCCACCUCCAUCAACGGUCGCCUCUCACCACCGUCUCCGCCUCCCAUCUCCGGGCACCCCAACCUCACAACCUGCCUCUACCACACCGACCACGCCCUCUUCUCCCUCACCUGGUCCCGCUCCUUCCUCGGCCGCUCCCUCCACCUCAACCUCCUCCGCCACUCCUUCGAUUCGCCCCUCCCUCCGUCGCUCUCGUCCCCUUCCUUCCACCUCCACAUCAAGCCCUUUCUCUUCUGGAAGAAGCACGGCUCCAAGAAGCUCUCCCCCAACAUUCUCCUCUUCUGGGACCUCUCCAAAGCCCGGUUCGGCUCCGGACCUGAACCCCAAUCCGGGUUCUACAUCGCCGUCGUCGUCGACAACGAGAUGACCCUCCUUGUCGGCGAUUUGACCCGCGAAGCCUACGCCAAGACCCGGGCCCAAAAAUCCGAGACUCCGCAAAUCCCAAUCUUGAAAAGAGAGCACGUCGUCGCCAAGAAAAUCUACACCACUAAGGCCCGGUUCGGCGGUAAAUUGCGGGAGAUCCGAAUCGAUUGCGGGUCAAACGCCGACCCGACCCGGCUCUGCUUUAGUGUCGACGGCCAGGUUGUCCUGCAGAUAAAGCGGUUGAAGUGGAAAUUCAGGGGGAACGAGCGAAUCGAAGUCGACGGGACUCCGCUGCAGAUCUCGUGGGACGUCUACAACUGGCUUUUCGAGAGCGACGGCGGCGGCGACGACGGCCACGCGGUAUUCAUGUUCAGAUUCGAAGAAGACGGGGAGAUUAAAGAGAACAAUUACCAACUGGGUCAUCUGAAUUCGUGGAAUUUCGGAAUGAGCGGGAUUGAGUGGCGAAAGAUGGGGAAGAGCUUGUCUUCUUCGUCGGUUUCGAUGUCGUCGGCGGGGUCUUCCGGUGGAAGUUCGUCGGUGAUGGAGUGGGCGAGCACGGAGGAGAGCGAGCUCAGCGGCGGUCCUGCUGGGUUUUCUUUGUUUGUUUAUGCCUGGAAAAGGUGAAGUCCAGUCCGGUCCGGUCCAGUCCAAUCCAAUCAAUUCAAUUAAAUUCUUGAAGCUAGUAGUAUAGCGUGCGUGUUUGAGAUGUUAAUCCUUGGUGGGAUUGGAUUAUAUAAUGAUUAGCUAGUGAUCUCUUACUAACCCAUUUGUUUGUUGAACAUAAAUCGAAUAAAUUCCGAUUUAAUGGAGAAGCAUAACUACGAAAUUCAUAGAUAAUUAGAGCUAACAAAUAUAUGUAGUUAGUUACUAAUUACUAUACUUGGCAAGUAAAAGAGAAACCCAGCUGGUUUUCUGUUGUUGAUUUUUUGUAUUGGGAAUAUGAUGUAAUUUUCAUAUUGUUUGUGUAAUGUAGUUUGUGAAAGAUCAAUGUUGAAGUAAACCAUCUCUCCCAUCA